GUGGUUUGACCUUUCGAGAGAAAAGUAAUUUGUUCCGUGCUCGCAGCUAUAUAAGUGUAUGACAAAGCAUCCCAGUGCACGCAUGAUAUGCUCAACAUCGCCAUGCUGACCCUGUCAUCCCUUCUGCUGCUUCUGCUGCUACUGUGUGGGGUUCACUGCUAUGAAUCGGCCACGGAGUCGCCUCUCACUUUCGAGUACAGAGAUCCGUCCACGGGGAAGACGCUCGCGUGCAACAAGUGUCCGCCCGGCACGUACUUGUCCGCCCACUGCACGGCCGCCACUCAAACGCAGUGCGCGCCGUGCAGAGGCGGACACUUCACGGAGCUGUGGAACUACCUACCAAAGUGCCUGUACUGCAACAAAUUCUGCACCGGCGACAAGGAGGUCGAGACCGAGUGUGGACCUCGCAACAAUAGAGUGUGUCGCUGCAAGGAGGGCUACUACAUGACGGAAGACUACUGCAAUAAACACACGGAGUGUGCCCACGGAUAUGGCGUUCUUACUAGAGGUACAUCACAAAAUGACACAGUUUGUCAAAUGUGCUCCGACGGUUUCUUCUCCGCCUCUUCCUCUGCAAUGGAGUCAUGUGCCAAGCACAAGGAGUGUGUCAAUGGGCAGCUUGUGCUCCUCAAUGGCUCCGCAGCCCAUGACACGAUGUGUGGACUCUGUGAGGACGUUGCAAAUGGAGGUGAGCGACUCAGGACCUUCUUGUCAAGAUUCUUUGGAAUGCACAGAAUACGCUUGGGGAAAAUGAUAAGAUUUUUUAACAGAUAUAUCGCUAAGUCAGGGCUGGAAAGCCGCCCCAUACACUUCUCCUUGACUCAACAUCAGCGGCGACCUCAUUUGUUGCAUCUAAUCAGAAAGUGGCUCCAGAAGGCCCCAAAGAAGGAGCUGGAGAUUCUGCCGCGCAUGCUGAGGGCUUGUCGGCUCACGUCCAUGGCAGAGAAGCUGUACAAGAGACUCAAAGUGAUUGAGGGGCAGCAACCAAACUGUACCUUAACACAUUUAUUCUCAUUUGACUAACGACUGUACAUUUCAAAAUGAUAACAUUUGCAACAAUCAAAUGUGUUCCGAUUGUAAUUGUACAAGCUGUAUUCCUUGAUUGAUAGCUGAAAAAGCCAGGACUUAAAGUGAAUCUGAAUAAAUAUUAGAUUUUGCAAAAA